ACACUGUCUCUCUCCCUCCUAAUAAUUAAGUCUAUUUUUUCUCAUCUUAUGAACUAGAACUGAACACACCUAAUUUAAGUUAUUUUUCAUGAUUACUCUUAUCAGAGCAGAUCUAAUUAAUUUCUUGUUCUUAUCAUCAUCGAUCAUCAUUACUCCGGCUCAGUUGCUUGCUCUCACACACACACCUAAAUCGCUUAAAUCUUAACACAUUUUUAUCAAGCCUGUAAAAUACUGAAGAUAUUUUUGUCUGAUAUCAUCUCACCUCAUCAACAUCAUCAUAAUAAAGUUGAUAUUUUCUCUGAAAAGUAAGAAAAAUAAUCGAAAAAUUAAAGAAACUUCUUUGUCGACGGGGAAAAAACACAAAGGACAAUAGCAGUACUACUACUACUAAUAAUAAUAGUAAUAUUAUUAUGAACUUUAAUUCUUGAGUACAUACAUCAUUUGAUUGAUUAUUGAAUUCCUCGAAGAGAAGACUUUUGAUAGCACUUUAUAAAUCUAUACAAUACGAAAAUCAGCGCUCAUUUUGAUCGUCUACAUAUAUUUCUGAUAACUGUACUCGGUGGGAUAUUGAUUUCAUCUUUAUUACAGGAGUUAUUUCGCGCCAAAAUAUAAUGUUUCCUAUGACAGCGUUUCCAUUGAAUCCUGUUAACUGUGGUCGAACAUCAACAGACUUAAUAUGGCCAAGUCCUGGAACACUUCAAGGCAUUGGAUCUGGAUUGAACUGUGAUCCAUUGAUGUAUAACAAUCAUAAUUCUUCAUCAUUAUCAUCACCAUCAAAUCAUGGUGUAAUAAAUAAUUCAGCCGGGAUAUUCAGUGGAGCGUCAAAUUUUCUUUCACGACCCAACUAUAACUGUGGUGUAAAUCAAACCUAUCGACUACAACAACAACAACAACAACAACAGAAUUCAACAAAUUAUUUAAACGAAGAGAUAACGAAUCAAUGCAAUGACAGUAUCGAUGUUAGUGGUGUUAACGCCACCAGUAAUACAGAUUCACAUUUGCCAAAUGAAAAAUCCCAAAUAACAACUAUAGCCAAUAAAUCAUCAACACUGGUCGAUAUGACAACAAAAACGGAAUGUUUGCCUCAAAUUGGUAAAUUCCCUACAACAUUAUCAAGUACAGAGAAGAGUGAAGCUCAAAGCGUUACAAAUUAUGACAGUUGGUCUCGUGAACACCGGAAAAAGCAUAAAAAAUCAAAAAUGCAUUCAUCAGCUAAUUCAGCUGAAAAUGAUUCCUUAAGAAGUAAGACAACAUUAUCGUCUACAAAGGCAUCACCACACCCCAUCUAUGUAGAUGAAUCUGUUGAUGGCUUAUAUCAUAAGUUGAAUGGAAUUUCUGAUGACAUCACAGCAUCAGUUAGUGGAGGAGUAUUAUCAGCUUCGAAGACAAGACCAUCGGAUAUGAAGGAAACAUCUGAAGACUAUUCAUCGAAUGUUAAUGAAGAGGAUGAGGAGGAGCAGGCGGUGGAAGAAGCAGGAAAUUAUCCAUUCAAUAUGUUUUCUACUCCAGGUCAUAAUAAUAAUAAUCAUAAUAAUAAUUUCCCUGGUUCUAUAUCAACUGGUGAUUAUGAUAAUCGUUAUAAUGCUUCAUCAUUCCGACAAUAUGAUCAGUGUCAGUCAUCAUCAUCAUCAUUAUCUCGUCAUGAUGAGAAUAUAAAACGUACAUUGAAUAAUAUAAUUAAUAUGAAUUAUUCAGUAAGACCACAUCAUUCUCAGUAUACAGAGAAUUCAGGUAUAGACGAAGAAACGUAUAAAACAAUGAUAAAUACAAGUAAUCCUGAUGAUAUUGUCACUUCAUCAAGCAAUCCGAGUAGUAUUGAAAGGCGAUUAAAUAAUCAAUCAACAGAAUUAGACUCAGACGCCUGGAACACGUCGAUUCAUUCACAGUAUUCACAAAAUAUCCUGCCACAACAGUUGGCAUCAUUUUAUUCAAGUUGUUCAAAUGAGCUGGCUUUAAGACAAAGUUUAUUAUUCAAUUCACAUCAAAAUCAAAAUCAUAGUUUGGAGACAGGAAAUUAUUCCAUGUAUCCCCAUCAUCAUCAGCAUCCUUCUCAUCAUUCUCAUCCACAUCAGUCUGAAUCUGGACGUCAUACAUCAACAUCAUCUUCAUCUCCUCCUCCCCCUCCUCCUCUUCCACCACUACCAGGGCCCGCAGCAGCAGCAGCAACAACAAUGUCAACAAUGCCAACCAGUAUAGAGCAUAAUUCUUCCACUGGAAUGAGUCGUAAUGAAAUGGAAUUUUUAAGUAAUUUCAAUAAAUUAUCCUCUGAUGAAGUGGUUAAAUUUACUACUACUGCUAAUAAUAACAACAGUGAACCGAAUGAUAUAAAAGUCGUUACAAAGUUCAAUAAUGCAAUACAACAGCAGCAACAACAAGGGACAAGACGAAUGAUAAAUGGUCCAUUAGGGCAGAAUAAUUUAGAUGUAUGCAAGUUACCAUAUCAACAGCAUCAACAAUCACAACAUCGACAAGGAGCUGCUGGUGGUGUUGGUGGUCAAAUGAUUGAUGAUAUAAGCGCAGCAUAUCAUUCAGCUGCAGCUAUGGCAGCAGCUGCAGUAGUUGCACAAGCUGCAGUGGCUAGUGCAAAUGUGACAGGUCAUCAAAAUCAUCCUCACCUUCAUCAUCAUCAUCCCCAUCCCCAACCCCAUUCACAUCCUCAUUCUCAUUCUUCACUUCAACAUUCUAUCCCACUAACACAACACCAACACCACCAUCAACAACAACAACAUUUGCAAUCACAACAGCAACAACAACAACAACAAUCACAGUUCACUGAAAGUGAACAUUCCAUUAUGCAUCCACAUAAUACAGAACAAUAUAGUAUGAAUACUAGUAAUAAUAGUAAUGGUAGUAGUAGUAAUAAUAGUAAUAAUAUAUUACAUCAAUCACAAUAUAAUAAUAUGAUGAAUCAAAGUCUAGGAUUAUUUCCUCUUAUGAACAAUUCGAAUUCGUUGAAUACAACAAUACAAAGUAUGAAUAAUAAUAAAACAAUGAAAAAUAAAAAGCUUACAGUUACAGAAGGAAGAGAAUGCGUGAACUGUGGGGCUACAAGCACACCAUUGUGGAGACGAGAUGGUCAAGGCAAUUAUUUAUGUAAUGCUUGUGGAUUAUAUCAGAAAAUGAAUGGUCAAAAUCGUCCAUUAAUUAAGCCUAAAAGAAGACUGCAAUCUUCGAGUAGACGUACUGGUACUAUAUGCUCCAAUUGCCGUACAAUAACAACAACAUUAUGGCGCCGAAAUACAAAUGGUGAACCUGUCUGUAAUGCAUGUGGACUUUAUUUCAAAUUGCAUAAUAUUCAACGACCAAUAUCAAUGAAAAAGGAUGGAAUUCAAACACGUAAUCGUAAAGUAUCUCAAAAGACAAAAAAGCAUAAAUUUGGUUUUUAUUCAGAACUUUCUGAUUUACCAGUUGACUAUUUAAUGAAAACACCAUUACACCGGUUUGGUGCAGCUGCAGCAGCAGCUGCUGUAGCAGCAUCAAAUCACUUUGCAUGUACUACUCGUUGUCUACAAACUAUUCCGCCUAGUUCACCGAAUUCUAUGUGUAAUCCUUAUUUAACUGGUUAUUUUUCUGAUGGAAAUAUCAAUAGUGGGAAUAUAUUGAAUGGGAUAAAACAGCAUAAAGAUAAUGGAAGAGGUGAAUUAGAUCAUUCUGAUGAAGUUGGUCAGUUUACUGAUGUUACAAAAGCAUUUCAUGCUACAUUCGGUAGUUUAACAAAUAAUACUGGAGAAGAGAUUAGACAUUCCAGUUUAUUAAAUAACAAUAAUAAUAAUGAUAAUAACAAUAAUAAUAAUAGUGGUAGUAAUCAUUUCCAACUGCCUUCUCCACAUCACCACUCACAAAUUCAUUCUCAACACCAUCUCGAACAACAACAACAGCAACAACACCAACAGCAACAGUACCUUCAAAAACAACUGUCUCAACAGACAAAUCCUGUCAACUUUACAAGUGAUCUUUAUAACCAACAGGCAUCUUCUUUAAUAAAUAGUAAUAAUCAUCAACAAAUGAAUGAAAAGUACUCAAGAUAUCAAAAAUCGAAUUAUAAUUCUGGACUAAUGUAUAAUCAUUCUACUAGUGAUGAACAGAAUGCUGCUGCUGCUGCUGCCGUUUCCAAUAACAACAAUAAUGGUAACGGAAAUUCAGAAUGUGCGCCAUUAGGUGUGAAAACCUCAAGCCUAGUUCAUCAUUCACCUACAGAUGUUGUAAUGCUACAAUGGAAUUCCCACUUACGAUCUACACCGAAUCAAUUAGACGGAGGUGUUGGAAAUUUCAGUCCUAAUUCUUUAUAUAAUCGUCAGCAUAUUAGUAGCCAUAGUAGUAGUAGCAGUAGUAGUAGCUGCGCUGGUGGAAGUGUUACACACCCUUAUUAUAAUCAGCCAGAUAAAAAUGACUCGGAUCAAAUCGAUAAUAAUAAUAAUAACAAUAAUUUAACAGAUUCCAUAAAUCAUCAUUCUGUUUUAUUGUCAUCAGCAGAACAUCGAAGUAAUGGACAGGAUUUAUUGCAUUGUCAUGAAAUGAAAGUCUGUACGGAUACUUUAACUCCAAAUUCACCGAAUAGAAGAGGUAAUCUUGACAACGGCUCAUUUUCUGCGGGCAAUUAUCAUCAUAACAAUAAUCAAAAUUUAGAGUCUGUUAAACCACAAAAGCAAGAACAACCACAACCACAACAUCAGUUAACAAAUCAUUCUGAAUUAGGAGGAGGAGGAGCAUUCCCUUAAAUUGUCUUUACCUUCUUAUUGUCUAGUUAUUUAUUCGGUUGUGAUAUUUGCACAUACUUACACGCAUAUAUACAUAUAUAUAUAUACGUAGCCAUUUCAACUUCCUACAUUCUUGUGUAAAUCGUCUAGUGUACACGUCAUCAUAACAUGUUGUAUUGGAGACAAAAAAAGAAACAGCCUAUUUGAAGCAGUAGAUCCUAACUUCAAGGGGUUAUCGCAACAAUGAAUAGUCGGUAUAUAUAUGUAUUCUUACUGCUUAUCUUCAGGCGGUUUAUUUCAUUCCAUGCAGUAUAGCCAUCCCUUGUCGAGGAGAGAAUAACACUUCACUUCAAGAAUCAUUCAAAGGAUGAUUGCAAUAUGGAAGAAGAAAGCCCUUUCUGUCUCUCUCCCUUUCUCUCCAACACAAACACAUACGCACACAAACAGGCACAUGCACAUGUCCAUGCAGGAACAGAUUUUAAGGGCGGAUUUAAAAAUUAUCGUAUUAUACUUCUCUUCGUUACUUUAAAUAAAAAAGAAAGAAAGAAAAAAACUCUAUACUACACUAACUUGAUGACCAUUAUUACUGCUUUGCAUUUUUAUUCUAUAUUCUACAUAAAAGUAAAUCUAAUCUAGGCGUGUCACUAAACUCCAACAAAACGCAACAACAACAUCAUUGAAGUCAUCCUGUUUCGGUAAAGUCGAAUUGCCUAGUGUAAUCAUCAAGACUGGGUGUAGGCGCGUGUGUGUAUGUGUUUACGAAUGUUUGAGUGUGCACAAGGCUUCAUAUAACCCGCUUCACGCAAAAAUUCAGAUUAUUGUAACAUUCACCAUUAUUAUUAUUAUUAUCCUGUUUGUUUUCAGAAAGAGAACAGCAUUAACACACAUGCAUUAUGAUUUUUGAACCUACUAUUCCCUUUCUACUCUGAUUGAAAAGUUUGUUGUUUAUGCAUACAAUAAACUCGACCUUUUCUUUUAGUUCUACAUUUGAAUUGAAAAUAUUUUAAAUAUUUUAUUGCAAUAAGUAUUAACAUAUAAUGGAUUAUAAUAAUGAGUUGAAAAAUAUAUAAUUCUUUAUUCAAAUUCUAUUAAACGCAAUUUAUUUUCCUUCAUCUUUUUUUAAAAAAGGCAAAACAAUUUCUACUCCUUAUAAAAAUGAUAUUUAAAGUAAUCAGAGUGAUGUAAAACUGUCAAAUGAUUACUACUCAAACUACUACUACUACUACUUAUCGAUGUGUGAAAGUAGUAUGUAUGACUUACAUUUUAGAUAAAAAGGUGAUAUCUAUGCGUACAACCUAUGCCUAAACUGUAUGUACAUAUAGACAUUUAAAUAUC